AAGAAAUGAGAAGUUGUGAGAGGAGGGAGGUGAUGAAGGCUGAACCUAUAGGAGAAGGAGGAUCACAGCAGUCCGCAGGUCACCAUCACCUCCUCCCUCUUCCUCCUCCUGCUCUUCUUUACUCCUCUCUCCGCUCCGCUCCGCUUGACUCGACUCGGCGCUUCUAUCCGGACCGGGAGGCUCACACUGAGGGAGCGGAACAGGUUCACCCGGAGCGGGAGCAGCAGGGUCCGUGUUCCGGCUGCGGGCUGCCGUCAUGCUGGGCACGGUGAAGAUGGAAGGCCACGAAGCUCCGGACUGGAGCGGAUACUACAGCGAAGAGGUGUACUCUCCAAUGGCAGGCACCGGGAUGGGUUCUGGUCUCGGAAUGGCGUCCAUGUCUGGCUACAUGUCGAGUGGUGGCACCACGUCAGGCUCCUUCAACAUGUCGUAUAGCGGUACCGGUCUCAGUCCGUCCCCUGUAGGAGGGAUGGGGGGCUCUGCUCAAGCGCCUAUGUCGAGCUUAGGUGGGGGUGUGGCUUCCAUGGGUGGGCCUCUGAGCCCGUCCAGUAUGAACUCGGUGUCGGCCCAGCAGGCUUCCUUGGGUCUGAACCCGUAUGGAAGCAUGAGUCCUAACAUGGGUUCCGGCAUGGCGUACGGUAGUGGUGGACUGAACCGAAGCCGUGACAACAAGACGUUCAGAAGGAGCUACCCUCACGCAAAACCCCCUUACUCCUACAUCUCACUCAUCACUAUGGCGAUCCAGCAGGCACCAAGUAAGAUGCUGACUCUGAGUGAGAUCUACCAGUGGAUCAUGGACCUGUUCCCCUACUAUCGGCAAAACCAGCAACGCUGGCAGAACUCCAUCCGCCACUCGCUGUCCUUCAAUGACUGCUUCGUCAAGGUUUCCCGUUCGCCCGACAAACCGGGAAAAGGUUCGUAUUGGACCCUACACCCAGACUCAGGCAACAUGUUUGAGAAUGGCUGUUACUUGCGACGUCAGAAGAGAUUUAAGUGCGAGAAGAAGACUCCAGGGAAACCAGAUGGGAGGAAGGAGCAUAUGGGAGCAGGGGGUGGCCGUUGUACCUCUCCUGCCGGAGAUUCUACCAAACCUGCCGGACUUCUGGACUCAUCUGUGGCCUCCUCCAGCCAGACGGGUUCCCCUGCCGGCCUGGAUCUGAGGGGAGGAGUUGGAGGUGUGUCUGACCUGAAGGUAUCCAGCUCUCAGUUACUGUCUUCCCUAUCACUUCCUCCGCACUCCAUGGCCCAUGAAACUCCUCUGCAUAUAAAAGGAGACCCCCACUACUCUUUCAACCACCCGUUUUCCAUCAACAACUUAAUGUCGUCCUCGGAGCAGCAGCACAAACUGGACCUGAAGGCCUAUGAGGCUCUGCAGUACUCUUCUUACAAUGGUGGGGGGGCAUCUGGUCUUGGGGGGAGGACCAUGGAGCCUCUUGAGGCCUCCUACUACCAGGGCAUGUACCCCAGACCGCUCCUGAACAGCUCAUCGUAGCCGCUGAAUGGCGCGCACUUCCUGUCUGGACUUGGACCUUCUGCAUGCAGCUGUCCUGGACUUCCUGUCUGAUAGUGUUGAUACUGACCUGUAAGCUAAAGAGAACUCCCCGCACUGUGACCAAACCUUGACACUGACAUAUGAAUCCUCAGCAAAUUAAAACUGACCCCAGGUCUGUGGUCUUCUUUCAUGCUUUUAAGAUACUUUCAGUUCUAAAAACAUCAAUGCAGGAUCUCAUUGGUCACAUUUAUGCCUCCAAAACAGGCCAAGAUCUGUGAGCUCAGGAUCUGGAGGAAUGUUGCUGUUGCGGAAUUUGGACUAUAGCACUGAUGGAUCGUUUCUGUUGCAUAAUUCCAAACAUUUUGACCUUUAGUGAAGUUGUUGUUGCUUGAAAUGCUUUAGUCUGGUUUGGGGCAUGCUGUUUGAUUCAAAACAUAACCUCUGGAUUGGUUACCUGCCAUGAGGACACCGGUAUCCUCAUGGACCCAUUGACUUGCAUGUAGGUGUUUCUGGAGUGACAUUUAAGGGGCACAAGACGAAAUCAGCAUUGGAAUGUUUGAUCUGGUUGAGGCUCCAUCGUUCCUCUCACUGUAGAAUCAUCCAAAUAGGUAAACUAUCUUUUCAUAAAUAAAAAUCAAUUUUUUUUCUUUUGUUAAACAGUCAAACUUUGCAGAACUUCUGAGAUAGAUUAUCAGACGUCUUCCUUGCUCCUUAAUUCAAGUGUUGGUGUAAGACUGACAGGUAUUAUGAUUUUCUUUAUGGACAACAUGAUGAUACAGAGUGCCA